AUGUCAGUGUUUCUUCAUACAUUAUAUCAAACUUUAAUUCAUUAUAUUGGUGGCAAUGGCACAACUAACGUUCUUAAAAGUAUCAUAGAUGGCAAUUCACUACUCUUUAUGCAAUUCCAUGGUGAUUUCAACCAUUUGGGUAUUGUCACUGUUGGUGUCUAUUGGACUAUGAAAUGUCGUUUGCACCCUUUGUCGCAAGUUCAAUGUUGCAUGUCGCAUUUACCGUGUCGCAUAAAUCAUGUCGCAUCAGUCAUGUCGGAUGUACCAUGUCGCGUAUCUCGUGUCGCACCCACCAUGUCGCAUCAACCAUGUCGCUGGUACCUACGACAUGUGUAUCCAUGCGACACAUAUGACGGGCAACAUUUUAAGGUUUAUCCGAUAUAA